AUGAAGAACGAGCCAGACUGUCACUUCUAUCUCGGCCGAUAUCUACCAAUCAUAGAUGAAUUGGUAGAGCCCAGUUCAUUCUGUGAGCAAAUUGCCAGACUACAUAGAAACUCUGUCUCUCCGAACAACAAAUUUGGCUUCCACACAGUGACUUUCAAUGGUGAUCUCCCACAGAAAAUUGACUAUUCUGAUAAUUGGGAAGCUUUUUUCGCAGAUGGGUUUCGCCAUAUGUUAGAGAUCAACACAGAACGUGCCGGACCGAGUGAGGAGCUAGAAGCUCUGCUCCCUGCCUUUUUCGAGAAGGUCAUUCCUCGAUUGCUUAGACCUUUAGAGGGAAGAAUCAAGCCAAGUCUAGUUCACGGAGAUAUGUGGUAUGGAAAUGCCGGCGUCAAUACCCUCGAAGACGAAGCUGUAAUAUUUGACCCUGGAUGCUUCUAUGCCCAUAACGAAUAUGAGCUGGGCAACUGGCGACCAGAGCGUAAUAAGUUCUCGAAAACAUAUUUCAAUGCGUAUCAUGCCUAUAUCCCGAAGACUUCGCCCGAAGAGGACUAUGAAGAUCGAAUUGUUCUGUACUCGCUGCGCUUUAAUCUGCAUGCUGCAAGUCUCUUCCCUACAAUUUUAGGAUUUCGAGAGUCGUGA